CCGUCAAGUUCCAUGUUAGCAUGGUCAAAUUGAUGAACUUCUUCAACGUAAAAACUUUUACAAAUAAACUAUUUUAGACACUUUUAACCUUUUGCAUUUUUGAGCAGCUUGGUCCGAGAUGGUUUGUUUUGUUCAUUUUUUCACCGGUUAGAGCGUUUCGUUAUUUUUACGGUCAGUAUGCGCGUUUGCAGACAGGGAGUGGCAAAAUAUAAAUAAUUGUUUUUUUGCCGUAACUCCUCGGAACUACUUUUAUACAGCAACAAGGUCCUUGUCUUAAUGACGGAUGUAAUGGACCAUUCGCCGUCGAUAAUCACGCAAGUAAUCAGAGACGAGGAGGAAAAUGCGACUUGUCGUCAGGACGGUGCCAAUGAAGUUUCCCCCUCAAAGAAGCCUCGCAGCAGAGGCCUUCUCCACAGUCUCUUCUGUUGUCUAUGUAACAAAGAAUCAGAGCCCCUUCCGCUAAAAAACAAUGCCCCCCUCCUGGUAGAAGAAAAUGGAACUCUGUCAAAAGUUCCAGCAAAACCGCUGCUUCCACGGAUGAAAUCCAAUGACGCAGGGAAGAUCUGUGUGGUCAUUGAUUUGGAUGAAACACUAGUCCAUAGUUCAUUUAAGCCAGUGAACAAUGCUGAUUUUAUCAUUCCAGUGGAAAUUGAUGGAACAGUUCAUCAGGUGUACGUGUUAAAGAGACCGCAUGUUGACGAAUUCCUCAAGAGGAUGGGAGAAUUGUUCGAGUGCGUUUUGUUCACCGCAAGCUUAUCAAAGUACGCAGAUCCUGUGUCUGACCUGUUGGACAAAUGGGGGGCCUUCCGGAGCCGUCUCUUCCGAGAGUCGUGUGUCUUCCACAAAGGGAAUUACGUAAAAGACCUGAGCCGUUUAGGAAGAGACCUCAACAAGGUCAUCAUCAUUGAUAACUCCCCAGCCUCCUACAUCUUCCAUCCCGACAACGCAGUUCCUGUAGCGUCCUGGUUUGACGACAUGUCAGACACCGAGCUCCUCGACCUUAUCCCCUUCUUUGAGAGACUAAGCAAAGUGGAUGACAUCUAUGAUGUUCUCCAGCAGCAGAGGACUUCAAGUUAACAGAGGCAGGAUAUUAGGAUGAAAAUAAUCACCAGCAGCUGUUGUCACGGGGCCACGGAGGCUGGUGGGCCACAGGCUCCACGCUGCUUCCAACUACAAGGACCACACUGCAAAAAAUGCCUCUCAUUUAAUCUCGUAUUCACACGGUAUAUUGCAAAACAAAACAAAAAAAGUGAAAAGCAAUUUUCAGCAGGGUUUGGUACCAGUGAGAGAUUUUUUUCUCCUUUUUUAAAAAAACUAGAUAAAGCCUGAAUAUGAGAUUCAAUGACUGCAGUAGUUAUCUUUUGCAGUGCAGCUAGUGUGUCGCUGUUGUCGUUACGUUGACAGCAGUGACCUAGUAUGUAAGUAUGCUGUAAACCUAGAUUGUGUUAACAGUUGGUCAGUGCCAUUCUACAAAUGAGCCACGUCAGUCAUUUUCAUUUCAGCACAAGACUGUUCCUCAAGCCCCCGUAACUUACUUUUUUUUUGCUUAAAAUGGCUGAAUGUGUAUGUAGUAAAUAUGAAAGCCCAUGUCCAUUACAUGUGAUGAUAAAAAAGAUCCUGCUAUUCAUUAUGAUAAGAAACUUUAUUAAGAAAACUGACUUAGUAUUUCAGACCAAUGACCUAUCACAAAAUAUUGAUGGACUUUUUGCAAAAAGAAGAAAAAAAGAAAAGUAAACAUUUCGAAAUAAUGACUUGUAUCUUAGCUACCAAGGUACUUCAAUUAUUUUGAGAAAAUUUCUUAUCUCUUUGAGAUUGUCAUUAUUUUGAGAAAUAGCAUGAUGUUAUUGCGUUGUCACAUUCUCGUGAAGGCAAUAUCUUGAGAACACCUUGAGGGAAAUUUUUCACAUUAGAUACAAACCUUCACUUGGACUCAAGGAUGGAUUGAUUAGAUUUUGGUGGUCACAGGUCAAAGGUAAAGGACACUGUGACCUUGCAUCUAUCUCAUUCUUGUAAAUAUGUUAUCUCAUGAACGCUUCAAUGGAAUUUCUUCAAAUUUGGCACAAACGUCCACUUGGACUCAACAAUGAACAAUAACAAUAUAUUUUUUGGCCAUAGAUCAAGAAUUUAUACCCUGAUUAUGACAAAAAUCCACACAAAUGUCCAAUAGGAUUAAAUUAAGUUAUGGCAUUUUAUAUCCCAAUUUACUGUCAGAUCUGCUUGACUGGACCAUGGAGGUAAACAAAGUCUUUCUCAUCAUAAUGGCUCACAUGAUCUUUUUUUUCCCCAUCACAUUGGUGGAAGUGGGCUUCCAUAAUUAAAAGACAAUCACUAAACUUAGAUAAUUUUCUUGUAAUUAUGUCUUUAACAUUUCACUACAAAAGACAUGGACUGUGCACUCGCUAUGUCUUCGGAAAGCUUUGAACAAAUAAUUUUUGUUGGAGGAAUUUGGCUCCAAAAUGCACCGUACACUUAAGCUUUUGCAUUUAGGCAGAAAAAAAAUGGAACAGUAGUUGUGGGAAAAUGUAUCCUGAAAUCCAUUGCCAUUGAUUGAAAUCCUUAUUCACUACAUUACGGAUGACUGAUAAGGUUGAAUCACUAAAUUCUAAUGUUACUGGAAUCUAAUUGGUAAUGUGUAGUAACCCUUUUAUACCCUUUGUUUUAUGCCCAGUCUUGUCAGAAAACACCUGCAUCCUGGUGUACCUCAUACAUCUAUACCAGCAACUCUGGUAGACAUAUAAAAUGUGGAUCAGGGUUAAAAAAACAGAUUGACUGCUCAGUGAUCGGACCUUCCACACACAAUAAUUUACUGCAGAAAUGGUGAGAUUAUUUUUGUAUAUACAGUAUAACAGGAUUUUAAGCAAUCAUUUUAAUUUGGUUUUUAAUGUUAUUUUACCUAAUGUUAUUUUAUCUUUAGAGUUUUUUAGUUGAGUGGGCGACCUCAGCGCGUGGCCCAUCAAUCAUGCAAUACUGUUCAUGUGUGCAGGAGGGGGCUUAUCCCUGCCAUGGCGACUUCAAUAAGUUUGAUGUUUGAUUUGAAAGCACACUUUGAUCGGUAAACUUGAAUCCAAACUUUGAUUUUUGUGUAAGACAUUAAUGGAGUCAACUGUACUGCCGCAUCGAGCUGUAAAUACAGUUUUAAUUGGGGAAACUGGCGUCUGACAUGAUUGAGCCCCGAUUCACUUUAACUCAGUCUGAAGCGAGUGUGUAUAUUUGUAUGUGUGCGUGUGGGUUUCAGUGUGAUUGCGUCGGUGUGUACAUUGGUUUCAGAUUUUUGAAAAAACGAAGAUGCUUUGACAAUAUGUGAAAAACUAUAACCUGUCUUUAAAUAAUGAUUUAACUUUUUUUUACUGUAAGCAACGAGAGUAUUAACAUUGUGACACAAGUUUAAAAAAAAAAACAAAACAAGUUGAGUUCUUAAAUUGCUGCUGACAAUUGUUAAAGAUUGGAAAACGACUAGAGAUAUUUUUACCUUGCGUCAAUAAAGCAUGUUUUAUUGAAACAGGUCAUAUUUCACUACAGUACUUUUUUCACAUAGCUAACGCUCAACACAACAUGGCAGAGGUGGAAACAAGUCAAAUGGAAAAAUGGAAUAUGGAAACAGAUUUCAUAUGAAAACAACUAUCAUUCUCUGUUAAAGUUCAAACACAACACCCGCUCAGCAACAAAACUAGCAUGCCCUGAUUAUCAAUCAAGGUAAUCAAGUAAUUUCUUAACCUAUUUCUUUCCUAAAUUACCUGAUUUUUGGCCCAAUGUAUUUACAUUACAAGCCCUUUGCUGCAAGACAGAACUCUCCUCAUUCAAACUUCUCAUCAAAACUUAAAAAAUGAUUUCUAUACAACAGACAAAUGAUGAAAAGAGAUGUUAAUUGUUGCUUGGAUGAUCUUUUCUAAUAUCUGAAUUUGAUAUGGAUAGAUGGCUGUAAUCAACUGGAAACUAAUGUUGUGUUUCCUGUGUGGUAAUACUGAGAACUAAGACUAAAAGUCACUGUCACAACAGCCACACAAAAACAUGCUGUCAAACAUGGGAAAAUUACACAGAGUGCAUAUUAGAUUAUAUUGCAUAAUAACCGGCACAACAUGUAGUCUGUAAAUCAGCCAUGGUUAAAGAUGCUGUAUGUGUCAAAGCAGCCAACUGAAGUAGUGGAAAGGACCAAAAUUGCAUCUGUAGCAAAAAGUCAUUUUUUAAACCUGGUGUGAUGUCACUUUUCUUGUGGUGCUUUCAGAUGCCUUUUACAAGGAUUU